GAGCUGCUGCUGCUGCUGCUGCUAAGCCUCGGGCUGCUCCACGCAGGUGACUGCCAACAGCCGACCCAGUGCCGAAUUCAGAAAUGCACCACCGACUUCGUGUCCCUGACCUCACACCUGAACUCUGCCACUGAGGGCUUUGACUCUGAGUUUUGCAAGGCCCUACGAGCCUAUGCUGGCUGCACCCAACGAACUUCGAAAGCCUGCCGCGGGAACCUAGUGUACCACUCGGCUGUGCUGGGCAUCAGUGACCUCAUGAGCCAGAGGAAUUGUUCCAAGGACGGACCCACAUCUUCUACAAACCCUGAAGUGACCCAUGAUCCUUGUAACUAUCACAGCCUGGCAGGCAUCAGAGAACACAGGGGAGGGGACCAGGAUCCUCCCAACUACCUUUUUUGUGGCUUGUUUGGAGACCCUCACCUUAGGACUUUCAAGGAUCACUUCCAGACGUGCAAAGUGGAAGGGGCCUGGCCCCUCAUAGAUAAUAAUUAUCUUUCGGUGCAAGUGACAAACGUGCCUGUGGUCCCCGGAUCCAGUGCUACUGCCACAAAUAAGAUCACCAUCAUCUUCAAAGCGCACCAUGAAUGCACAGACCAGAAGGUCUACCAGGCCGUGACUGACGACCUGCCCGCUGCCUUCGUGGACGGCACUACGAGCAGCGGGGACGGUGAUGCCAAGAACUUGCUCAUCGUGGAGCGGGAGAGCGGCCGCUAUGUGGAGAUGCACGCGCGCCACAUCGGCACCACAGUGUUUGUGCGCCAGCUGGGCCGCUACCUGACGCUGGCUGUGCGCAUGCCCGAGGCCCUGGCCAUGUCCUACGAGGAGAGCCAGGACCUGCAGCUGUGCGUGAACGGCUGUCCCCUAAGCGAGCGCAUCGACGACGGCCAGGGCCAGGUGUCGGCCAUCCUGGGGCGCGGCCCGCCUCGCACGGCCCUGGGGCAGGCCUGGCCGGGCCACACGCUGGAGACGGCCAGCAGCCAGUGCCAUGAGAAGAUGCCGGUGAGGGACAUCUACUUCCAGUCUUGCGUCUUCGACCUGCUCACCACGGGCGACGCCAAUUUCACCGCAGCCGCCCACAGCGCACUGGCCGACGUGGCCGCAUUGCAUCCGUGCCGCGAGCGCUGGCACAUCUUCCCCCGCGCCCGGGCCGCGGGCACCACCGCCGCCACUGCUGCAGGCCUGGGGCUCGCCUGCUCCGCCCUCGUCCUGUUUUUGUAGGAGUGUCUUCGUUUUUUUAUUUCUUGUCUAUAGCAAAAUUUUAAAAUAUAUAUUGUCAUAAUAUAUUGAGUAAAAGAGCAUAUGUGUAUAGACCGUGUAUAUGAUGGGGUGCUGCCCCUGCGCCCUCCGGACUGUGCAGCCGCGUAGCCUGUUGUCACACGUGUUGGAUGUAGUAUUCUUUGAUUGUAUCAAUUUUGUUUUGCAGUUUUGUGAAAUGUUUUAUAAUGUCCCUUCCGGGGGACCUGUUAGAAAGCACUUUAUUUUUUAUAUAUUAAAUAUUUAUGUGUGUACCUGGUUAACACGUGCAGUGCAUACGCAGACACUGGCACGCAGCAGCGUCUCUUCCAGGUAACCGGUAGCCCGUGUCCAUCCUCGCUGUCCCCGCCUGCCCUUCCCACGGCUGCUGAUCCGCGCAGAGCUGCGUCCUUGUCCUUCCAUCCUGCUUGGUGAGAAAGGUGGUGAAGGCCCGAACAGGUGCGGUGACUUUUGACCGUUAGAUGCUAACACGAAAGCCCUUCCUCUCCAACCGCUGUUACCCUUCCAGAAAGGGACAGUAUCACCGCCAUUCUUACGGUGCCCAAUUCUGAUCACACAGCUGAGCGCAGAGAGUGUGUCAGGCUGGGCCCGAGGGUGGCUGCUCCCUGGGUCUAGAGACGGUUUUAUAGGUGAAUCACAGGCGCCUUGCUGGACCCCAGGAGCUCUCAGACUUUCUUUCAUCCCAUUCCCCUUUUAAAUUGUAGUUUUUCCCUCUUUUAACUAAUCUGUGUUGAGCAGAAUGUGAAACCAUUAAUUCAGUGAUGACCACACCUUUCUCCUUUGCAGGGCUGUCAUGCCCAGUCCUUGCCCUUCUCCCUGCCUGCUCAGGGAGCCCUCUCCCCCUUGACCCGGUUGGCCCACCUGACCUCUCUGCCAGGAUCCAAAGCCUAGGUUCCAGAUUGUUUUUCUAGUGUAGAAACCGGACCCCCCACAAGGGCUCUUCCUUCACACCUGCCUUCUCCACAGCUCUGACGUCUCUGUGUGAUGGGGGCGGUGGAGACCGUCACACAGAGAAGCUGCUUUGGCCUGGCUCAGGGUGGCGGGCUCUUGGUGCUGGCUACUCCACAAGUUCUUGUUAACUAUGCCUGUGCUCUCCAGUCUUUUUUUUAAAUCAGGUGCUCUGUGUCUUAAUGUCUGUGGGUAUCAAUUUAAGUGGUUGCUCAUGUGACUUAGUGAAAUCCCUAUGAAAUGAAGCAAUCUCUUCUUGCCUCUUCCAUUCCAUGUUGGUACCUCCUUACAAAUCGAAAAGAGCAAGAGGCAGGAGCAGUGACUGACCGAUUUACCCCCAGGACAGGUAGUGGUGUGUUGGCAUAUCUCAGCGUAAAUGUGUGGUUCUAGGAAGAAGUGAUACAGUAUGUACUUUAAAUAAUUCAAGUUUACAUAAACACAGACAAAAGGCAUGAAGUUUAAAAACCAUAGUACUUUAGGCCACGUCUGUGCUUCGUGUUAGGUGGCCGGGUAAUUUCUUUUGCCAUGUCCUAUCAACCAGUGGUACUGUCAGAGGCCCAGACUGAGAGAAAAAGAGGAUGUCAUUUUCGGGAAAGUUCUGUUUCUUGGUGAGUUGACUUGCCAUCCAGUCACAGAGUGGAUUUGUGAGUUCAUCUGGAGGGCAAGCCUCUCUGCCUUCUGGGGUGUGAGAGAAUAGUCUUGGGCAGUCUAGGGAAAUAAUGAAGGUGCACUGAGCCUCUCAGGCUGAGACCUGUUGUCCUCUGGAAGCUGGGCAAGGGCCUGCCAGCCCCCGGCUCUGCAUGACAGCCACUUCUAGCCACUCUGGAGACACGUACCAAGUAGAGAAGCACGGAGAGGGAACACACUGAGGAUACUUGUAACCACUAUUUUUGUGCAAAUAGUAUGAAAGUGAAGUAAAAGCAAUAGAAAUUUCAGUGGUAUCUGAGUUUAUAGUAUGUAUGAUUUAUAUACUUCUGUUCUUUUCAGGGAAAAUAAAACAACCCCCUCUACUCAUAGUUGGGAAGAGAAAAUCUGGCUGCUUUGCUGUGCCAUUCAGCUCCGAGGGUCGCUGUCAUAGUCAGCUGUUUCCUUCUCAUCAGUUUCCUUGUAAAACGAUCCCCACAGAGACCCUUCAGAAAUACAAGUAAUUCUCUGGAUAAGAGCAAGGUUUGCAGACUCCUUCUCUAGAGUUUCAGGAGAACAUGCUGCUUGCCCUUGUUGGUUCUUGAAAUCUUUUGCCAGAAGAGUUUUGGGUGAUACCUACAUGUGACUAGCCUAUAGCUGUUCAGGAGGUCUCAUUUUCACAGAUGCUUCACAUGGCCGUCUUUAAAAGACUCAAAACUUUCUUUGUCCUCUUUGUUAUGCUUGGAAACCCCAUAGUGUGUAAAGUUUUUACAAAGAAACCUUUAGAUGUGGUUCCUAGGUACAUGAAUACAUAUCUGUGUAAAACAGUGAGUGUGCAGUGUGUAAAUACUCUAAAUUAUUAUGCUAGAAAAAUAAAGUCGCUACCAUGCUGUGGAA